CGAAGCCUCAUCGUCAGCUGAACCUAAAACACUACUUCCACCUCGUUUUUUCCUCCUUUCAGUCACCUUAAUUCAUCACCUAUAGUCGUAUAUGAGCGCUUCAUCCCAGCCUAGGCUUAGUGUAAGAGAAGCGGCUCUUGCCGCUGUCCAAGCACGACUUAACCCGCCACCUUCAUACGACAGUUCAUCCGCUCACGCCUCAAACCCCGGCGUCAGUGGCGCCGCUCCUCAAGCCGCAACGAAUAAUGGAAGCACUGUCGCCGAACAGACCCCUUUCUCACCCCCCGGUUCAAGGGCGAGUCCAAGACCUACCUUCACGGAUAAAGAGGAGAGGGAACUGAAACUGAAGUUUGGGAAAUUGUUGGAUCGCGGGAUCGUUAGGGAUAAUGGCUAUAAAGAAAGUGCGGAAGCUGUUGAGACAUUAUUGAAGAUUGCUAACAAUAUUCUUUCGAGCGAUGAUCCUAAGUACCGAACUAUCAAGGCCACCAAUGGCAUGUUGCAGAAGAAGGUUUUGUCGGUGAAAGGUGGCCAUGACUAUAUCAUUGCUCUCGGCUUUCGGACGAAGACAGUCGAUUUCGUCAAGAUAUACGUGUUUGAGAAGACACUUCGGUCGACACACGAGCUCAAGAUUGGUGCAGAAAUACUUCAAGGCCACUUAACAUCUCUCAAAGAAAGAGUGAACCUCUCAUCGCAAUCGCUCCUCAAUUACAACCAAGAAGAGGCCGCCCGCCGAGCUCAAGCACUCCGCGAAAUUGAAGCCGAUCGUGAAUCUGUAAAGAUCCGGGCAGAGAGGGAACGACAAGCUCGAGAAACCAAAGAGCAGGCUAAGAGGGAGAGAAGGGAGAGAGGGGAAGCCGAAGAGGCCGAGGAAGUGGUCGAUAGGGAUGAUGAGAGGCGGAGGGAGAUGGCAAAUGCUGUGGUCAGGAAUGAUAGAGACUAUAGGCGCAACACUGUUGAGGAUGAGUAUAGUGAGGAUGACGAUUAUCCUCCAACAUAUGGGGAAACUUUCUUUGGGGAAGGAAGGAGGUUGGGUGAUUAAGAGUAUAUGCUUACACGUAAUCAUGUUUGAUAAGAGUGAUUGAGAAUAACGACCGUUGAAAUGUUGUGUAAAUGUUCAUUUGUUGAAAUAGACUUAUACUGUUGAUGAACAACGUAGCCAGUACCUUGAUCUAC